ACUUAAUUACCGUAUUCAGUUGUCAUAGCAUAUAUAGAAGUGAAAGCAUUUAUAAAGUGAGGACACGUGCGCUACUCGAGCUAGUAACUUUUCAGCUGGUGGGUUGCAGUGGCUACAGUCCAUACCUGAUUUAGAGGAGCCCUACCCAGAAUCAAAUCAUAACACCUCAAUUCAAAGUAUCUCCUUUCUAUAUAAAUAACACCAAGCUCAUUCAACCUCUAGCCCUUUCAUAUUUACUGCUUCUAUUAGUAGUAGUAGUAGUAGCAGCAGCAGCAGUGCCAGUAAAAAACAGCACUAGACACAGCAGCUCAAGCAAGAAAAAGAAAAAGCUUACUCAUCUUCACAUGGCAGGCAAAGAAAACGACACAAGAUUUAUUAGUAACAAGCACGCCUGUGAGCCUUGCAGAUCUUUUGGUGAAAAGUGUAGCCAUUUGGUUAAGAAGAAGCGAGCAAAAUUCUACAUCCUCCGGCGUUGCAUAGCAAUGCUUGUCUGCUGGCGUGACCGCGGAGAGCAUUAAAAGGGCCAGCCUGGUUUUAUUGCCUCUACUUGUAUAGGAGUGUAAUUAAAACAAGUACUUUUGAUUAAUAUUAGUAAAAUUGUAGCUCAUUAUUGAUUUCAAGGAUAAGAAAACUUAUAUAGUGUUGCAUUAGUUUUAUCUAGCCUUCUAAAAAAUAAAAUUCUAGAUCUGUUUAAGUUUUGGAUAUUCUUCUUGUUGAAAAAAUGAGGAAUGGUUAAUGUCUUCAGUCCAUGUAAUUGUUGUAAUGAUUGCUCUUAUCUUUCUUUUUGUUGCUCGUUUUUCUUUGUUUCUUACUUUGGUUUUCAUGGAAUGCUGUGAAGUUCAAACUUGCUGUUCAGUUGUCAAAAGGAUUGAUGGGACCGAAGGGAAAUCUGGGUUGUCAUCAAAAUUCUCUGGAAGGGUUAGUUUUGUUAUGCAAUAGCAUAUCCAUUUCUCAUAGGUGGAAGAAUGAAAAUUCCAUUUUUCAUUAUUUUCCUUGUUGCUGUUUCCAACUGAUACUUUUACCGUUUCACAUAUGUUUUCUUCGUUCUUUCUAGUAUUAUUUUUCUUUUCCAGUCGCCAAUUUCCACUGACAAAAGGAAAUUUGUGAAUUAGACCAGAAUUCUCUAUAUUGGCUUUGUAUAUCAUUCAAGAGUUGAUAGCUGUAACUUGGCCU